AUGCCAGUAAUAAAAUCGGAUAUUCCGAGACUUAUUGUUAUAAUAAAAAGUAUUUUAUUCGAUCUUAUUUAUUUCGACCUUUUCAAGAUGGAUCAGAUUCAACAAUUCACCGAACCAUGCAAACAAUUCAUGAAAGAUUCCAUCCGUUUAGUAAAAAAAUGCACUAAACCUGAUCGUAAAGAAUUUCAAAAAAUCGCGAUGGCAACAGCAAUCGGCUUUGCUAUCAUGGGUUUUAUUGGUUUUUUCGUUAAACUCAUCCAUAUCCCAAUCAACAACAUCAUCGUUGGUUCAUAG